AUGUCAUAUAUCAAUAAAUUACUUGUUGCUAAUAGAGGAGAGAUUGCUUGUAGAGUAAUGAGGACAGCCAAGAAAAUGGGUAUAAAAACCGUGGCGGUGUAUAGUGAUAUUGACAAAAACACUUUAUUUGUUGAGAUGGCUGAUGAAGCUUAUAAUAUAGGUCCUCCUUAAGCUUUGCAAUCAUAUUUAAGAAGUGACAAAAUUAUUGAUGUUGCCUUAAGCACAAAGAGUCAAGCUAUUCAUCCAGGAUUUGGAUUUCUUUCAGAGAAUGCACAAUUUUCUGAAGAUUGUCAAAAAAAUGAUCUUAUAUUUGUAGGACCCAGUGCUGAUGCUAUCAGAAAGAUGGGAUCUAAAAGCGAGUCAAAAAUAAUCAUGACAGAUGCAAAAGUUCCAGUUGUUCCAGGUUAUCAUGGUGAAACCUAAGAUCCCAAUUUUCUUCUUCAAGAGGCUGAGAAAAUAGGGUUCCCAGUUUUAAUAAAAGCUGUUAUGGGUGGAGGAGGAAAAGGAAUGAGAAUUGUUAGAUAGAAGUCUGAGUUCCUGGAGGCUUUGGAAGGAGCCAAAAGAGAAGCCUUAAAGAGUUUCAAAGACGAAAGAGUGCUUGUUGAAAAAUACAUUGAAAAGCCUAGACACAUUGAGGUUCAGAUCUUUGGGAUUGCUCAAUAUAAAGAAGACAUUAAAAGGGUUAUAGAAGAAGCUCCUUCUGCCUUGGAUGAGAAAAUACGAUAUGAUAUUGGAGAAAAAGCCAAAGCAGCUGCUAGAGCAGUCAAAUACUCAAAUGCAGGAACAGUAGAGUUUAUAUUUGAUUUGGAUUCAAGUAAAUUCUACUUUAUGGAAAUGAACACAAGAUUGUAAGUUGAACAUCCAAUUACAGAAAUGAUUACUGGGAGUUGCAAGUGGAGAACAACUACCAUUAACUCAAGAAUAAAUUAAAAGAAAAGGUCAUUUCCAUUUGAAGCUCGUAUCUAUUCAGAGAGUCCUAAUAACAACUUUUUACCAGGGAGUGGCAAACUUGAUCAUUAUUCAGAACCAAAAGCAUCUCAAUCUGUUAGAAUUGAAACUGGUGUAAGAGAAGGAGAUACCAUUUCAAUUUUCUAUGAUCCCAUGAUUGCUAAGUUGGUUGUAUAUGGAGAGAAUAGGCAAUUGGCUAUCUAAACUCUUUUAAAUGCCUUGUAAAAUUAUUAAAUUCAUGGCUUACCUAAUAACAUUUCAUUUUUAAAAACUGUUCUUUAACAUCCAGAAUAUGUAAAUCAGUAAUAUGAUACCUCCUUCAUUGGUAAAAACUAAGACACUUUAUUAAAAUUAAAAGACCAUUACAAUCCUAUCGAUAUUGCUCUAGCUAUUGCUGGUAGACAUUUCCUAAAUUCAGUUCAGUUACCUAAAUCACUAUUAAAUUUCAGAAAUGGCGCUCAAAUUCAUAAUAAAUUAUCAUUGCAUAUUUAAAGUGCUUCAUAUGCACAUUAAAAGGAGAUUAAGAUUACUCAUAACAUUAAUGGAAACACUCAUGAAUUAGAAAUUAAAGGUUAAAAGAUUGUAGUGAAUAAAGUAACUAAAAGUUAAGAACAUAAUAAUUUAUUAAUUUUUGAAACCAAUUAAGGCAUUUUUAUUAGAACAAUAAGAAAUAAUGAAAACCUGUUAAUUUUUGAUGCCGAAGGUGAUCCUAUCUCAAUUACUGUCUCUUCUGAUGAAGUCAAGAAGGUCAAAUCGGAUCAACAUGGACAUGGCAAUAAUAAAGAAAUUGUUGCUCCUAUGCCUUGCACUCUGACCAAGGUUAAUGUAAAGGUUGGAUAAAAAGUAAAAAGAGGUGAUAUCUUAAUUAUCAUGGAAGCUAUGAAAAUGGAACAUACAAUUAAAGCUGCCAUAGAUGGGGAAGUUAAAGAGAUAAGAUAUAAGGAAGGUUAAUUUAUAGAGGCAGGAGCCAUGAUUGUUAAAUUAGAAUGA